AUGGGCUUAUCGGAGAAUUGGGAACGGUUGAAAGCCAAACAUGGUGUUGCCAGUCCGUCCAAGGAAAAAAAUGUCCUGAAACUUCGAAAACAUAAAGGUGUGAAGAAUGAGAUCAAGAUAAAACCACCUGCUGUGAAGAAAUUGAGCACACGGAAGUCUCCCCUUGAAGUGUACCUUUGGGGAACCGAUGAACAUCCUGGUAAAGACGCCGUGGGCAAGUUUGUUGCCAUCGACUGUGAAUUUGUCGGCGUUGGCGAUAAUGAUAAAUCUGUGCUUGCACGUGUUUCCCUAGUCAAUUACUACGGCGUGAUUCUACUUGAUACUUUUGUUAAGCCAGAAAAAAAAGUCACAAAUUGGCGAACCUGGGUUUCCGGAGUGGCACCCCAUCACAUGCGUGAAGCUAUAAUUUUUAAAGAUGCUCAGGAAAAGGUCAAGCUGAUCAUCUCAGGCAGAACCCUCGUGGGUCAUGCUUUGGGUGGUGAUCUCAAGUGCUUGGAAAUCAAGCAUCCUCGAAAGAAGAUCAGAGACACGUCGAAAUACUCGGGGUUUCGUGUGGCGACAAAAGGACACCCGCCAAGCUUGAAGAAGUUGGUUUCGGAGCACUUCAACUUCGAGAUACAAAAAGGUCAGCACUCAUCUGUUGAAGAUGCCAGGGCUACAAUGGCACUCUUCCGAAAAUUCAAAUCGGAGAUCGACUCGGAGGCUAUCACCAAGUACAAAUAG